CACUCAUGAUGUGUGUGUGUGUGUGUGUGUGUUCAGUGAAGUAAUUUAGUGGCAGGUAGUGACUCUCAGGUGUGUGAGGGUGUCGCACUGAGAGUGUGUGUGUAGUCUUUAUGGCAUGGCGUGGGCUCCAGGAGUGCAUGCAGUGAACCUCGAGGAUCAUGGAGUUUCUGAAGAGCCUGGUACCGGGGAGCAUGUCAGGGGACGGCCCCGGUGAGCAUGGGGGAGUCCUGCCCAGGGACUCGGGCCCCCGGCUCCUGCGUAUGAAGCGCCUCAGCCUGCUCUCCAUGGGGCAGACCAUAGAGGAGGCUCCGGGGGAUCCGGGUUCAAGGAGCCCAACCCGCCUCAAAGGAAACAUCCGUCACGUUAGGAAAUUCUCCUUUUUUCCUCCUGCUCGCGGUGGCAGGGGUCAGGACGCCUCUGCCCCCAUCAGCAACAGCAGUGUGAGUAGACGGCGCCCGCCCGCCUCUGUGCCCCCCCUCCUGUGGGAGAAACACAGCGCCGCCGCCGCCAUGUCCAGCAUCACCAUCGACCCCGAGCUGAAGCCGGGAGAGUUCGUCAUCAAGAGUCUGUUCGCCGAGUUCGCCGUGUUGGCGGAGAAGAAGAUCGAGACCGUGAUGGCCGAGCCGCUGGAGAAACCUCUGUCCCGCUCGCUGCAGAGAGGGGAAGACGCCCAGUUUGAUCAGUUAAUCAGCUCUAUGAGCUCCAUAGCAGAACACUGUCUGCCCUCGCUGCUCAGGACUCUGUUCGACUGGUACCGCCGGCAGAGCGGCACCGAGGACGAGUCCUACGAGUACAGACCCCGCUCCAGCACCAAGUCCAAAGGAGACGAGCAGCACCGGGACAAAGACUUCCUCCUGGAGCGGAGGGAUUUAGCCAUAGAUUUCAUUUUUUGUUUAGUUUCUGUAGAAGUUCUGAAACAGAUUCCUCUUCACCCAGUGCCAGAUGUUCUCGUACACGAAGUCCUCCACCUGGCAUUCAAGCACUUUAAACACAAAGAGGGGUACUGCGGCCCCAACACUGGGAAUGUGCACAUCAUCGCAGACCUGUAUGCUGAGGUCAUCGGAGUCCUCACUCAGUCAAAGUUCCAGGCAGUGAGGAAGAAGUUCAUCACAGAGCUGAAGGAGCUGCGUCAGAAGGAGCAGAGUCCCUACGUGGUGCAGAGCAUCAUCAGCCUCAUCAUGGGCAUGAAGUUCUUCAGGGUGAAGAUGUACCCGGUGGAGGACUUUGAGGCCUCCUUCCAGUUCAUGCAGGAGUGUGCGCAGUAUUUCCUGGAGGUGAAGGAUAAAGACAUAAAGCACGCUCUGGCUGGACUGUUUGUGGAGAUCCUGAUCCCGGUGGCAGCGGCCGUGAAGAACGAGGUGAACGUGCCGUGCCUGAAGAACUUUGUGGAGAUGUUGUACCAGACGACCUUCGACCUGAGCUCCAGAAAGAAGCACUCGUUGGCUCUGUACCCCCUGGUGACCUGCCUCCUGUGUGUCAGUCAGAAACAGUUCUUCCUCAACAACUGGCACAUCUUCCUGCAGAACUGCCUGUCGCACCUCAAGAUGCCGUCUAACAACAGCAUCCGAAAGCAGAUCGAGACGCUGCAGAACAAAGACCCCAAAAUGUCCCGUGUGGCUCUGGAGUCUCUGUACAGACUGCUGUGGGUCUACAUCAUCAGGAUCAAGUGUGAGAGCAACACGGUCACACAGAGUCGUCUGCUCAGCAUCGUCUCGGCUCUGUUCCCUAAAGGCUCUCGCAGUGUCGUUCCCAGAGACACUCCGCUCAACAUCUUCGUCAAGAUCAUCCAGUUCAUUGCUCAGGAGAGGCUGGACUUUGCCAUGAAGGAGAUCAUCUACGACCUGCUGUGUGUGGGCAAGUCCCACAAAACCUUCACCAUCAACCCCGAGAGGAUGAACAUUGGGCUGAGGGCCUUCCUGGUGGUUGCCGACAGUCUGCAGCAGAAGGACGGAGAACCCCCGAUGCCGACGACGGGGAUCAUCAUGCCGUCAGGAAACACGCUGCGCGUGAAGAAGAUCUUCCUGAACACCACGCUCACCGACGAGGAGGCCAAGGGCAUCGGGAUGUCCCUGUACUACCCUCAGGUGAGGAAGGCUCUGGAUAACAUCCUGAGACACCUGGACAAAGAGGUGGGCCGCUCCAUGAGCAUGACCAACGUGCAGAUGUCCAAUAAGGAGCCCGAGGACAUGAUCACGGGGGAGAGGAAGCCCAAGAUCGACCUCUUCAGGACCUGUGUGGCCGCCAUCCCCCGACUCAUCCCCGACGGCAUGAGCAGGCAGGACCUCAUCGAGCUGCUCGCCAAACUCACCAUCCACAUGGACGAGGAGCUGCGCGGCCUGGCCUUCACCACGCUGCAGGCGCUCAUGGUGGAUUUCCCCGAGUGGCGUGAGGACGUGCUUUCGGGCUUCGUGUACUUCAUCGUGCGGGAGGUGACAGACGUUCACCCCACGCUGCUGGACAACGCCGUCAAGAUGCUGCUGCAGCUCAUCAGCCAGUGGAGGCAGGCGGUGCAGAGCAACAGGAGCCACGACACGGCGGGCUCUGGCGGCGGCCCCUCCCUGGAUCGCCCCCCCCUGCUCUCGGUGCUUCACAUGGUGGAGGGUCUGGCUCUGGUGGUCCUGUGUAGUUGUCGCCCGGCAACACGCCGCCUCGCCGUCAACGUCCUGAAGGAAGUCCGAGCUCUGCACACUGCGCUGGGCAUCGGGAAGGGGGAUGAGGAGCUGGCCAUCGAUGUGAUGGACAGAUUGAGUGCGUCGGUGUUGGAGAGCUUCAUCCAUCUCACAGGAGCCGACCAGUCCUCCCUGCUGUACUGCCCCAGCGGCAUCGACCUGCAGACUCUGGCCGAGUGGAGCUCGUCUCCCAUCAGCCACCAGUUCGACGUGGUGAGCCCCUCCCACAUCUGGGUGUUUGCCCACGUGACGCAGGGCCAGGACCCCUGGGUGAUCAGCUUCUCCAGCUACCUGCGGGGGGAGAACCUGCCCAAGCACUGCCCCUCCGCCCUCAACUGCGCCUGGAUGUUCGCCUACACCCGCCUGCAGCUGCUGUCCCCGCAGGUCGACAUCAACAGCCCCAUCAAUGCCAAGAAGCUGAACAGUCUGAGCAGCAGCGACUCGUACGUGGGUCUGUGGAGGAACUACCUGAUCCUGUGCUGCAGCUGCGCCUCCUCUUCCUCCUCCUCCUCCUCCUCCUCCACUUCUGGCUCCGUCCGCUGCUCCCCCCCCGAGACGCUGGCGUCCACGCCGGACAGCGGCUACAGCUACGAUUCUAAGAUAGUGGGCUCCCCCUCCCCCUCCUCCCUGUUUAAGCACAUUGUCCCGAUGAUGCGCUCCGAGAGUAUGGACGUCACGGAGUCUCUGGUGCUCGGGCUCGGCAGGACCAACCCUGUGGCCUUCAGAGAGCUGAUCGAGGAGCUGAACCCCAUCAUCAAAGAAGCGUUAGAGAGGAGACCUGAGAACAUGAAGCGGCGCCGGCGCCGGGACGUUCUCCGGGUCCAGCUUGUCCGGAUCUUCGAGCUGCUGGCUGACGCUGGAGUCGUCAGUCAGAUAGCCAGCGGGGGUCUGGAUGCAGAGAGCCACUCUCUGAACGGAGCUCUGCUGGAGUACGUGGAUCUGACCCGGCAGCUGCUGGAGGCCGAGAACGACAAGGACUCCGACACCCUGAAGGACAUCCGCUGCCACUUCAGCGCGCUGGUGGCCAACAUCAUCCAGAACGUCCCAGUACACCAGAGGAGGACGAUCUUCCCGCAGCAGUCCCUCAGACACAGUCUGUUCAUGCUGUUCAGCCACUGGGCCGGACCCUUCAGCAUCAUGUUCACUCCUCUGGACCGAUACAGCGACCGCAACAUGCAGAUCAACCGACACCAGUACUGCGCUCUCAAGGCGAUGUCUGCGGUGCUGUGCUGCGGUCCUGUCGCUGAUAACGUCGGCCUCUCCUCUGAUGGAUACCUCUACAAGUGGCUGGACAACAUCCUGGACUCUCAGGACAAGAAGGUGCACCAGCUGGGCUGCGAGGCGGUGAUGCUGCUUCUGGAGCUGAACCCGGAUCAGAGUAACCUGAUGUUCUGGGCCGUGGACCGCUGCUACACCGGGGCCCGCCGCGUGGCUGCAGGCUGCUUCAAGGCCAUUGCCAACGUCUUCCACAACAGGGAUUACCAGUUUGACACGGUGGUGCUGCUGAACCUGAUCCUGUUCAAAGCUGCUGAUUCUUCCAGAGAUAUCUACGAGGCGGCCAUGCAGCUGCUGCAGAUCCUGGAGCCCAAGCUCUUCCGGUACGCCCACAAGCUGGAAAUCCAUAGAGGCGACGGGAUCCUGACCCCCCCCUCCCCGCUGCCACACCUUUACUCCGUCUCGUACUACCAGCUGUCGGAGGAGCUCGCCCGGACCUAUCCUGAGCUCACGCUGCCCAUCUUCUCAGAGGUGAGUCAGCGGAUCCAGACGGCGCAUCCUGGUGGCCGGCAGGUGAUGCUGCACUACCUGCUGCCCUGGAUGAACAACGUGGAGCUGGUGGAACUGAAACCCACCACGCGGCGGCCGGAGGACUGCUGCAGCGGCGAGGAGGAGGAGGACGAGCGGGAGGUGAUGAUGGUGAACAGCCGGCGCUGGCUGAGAGGAGAAGGCUGGGGCUCGCCUCGAGCUACAACCAUGGUGCUCAACAACCUCAUGUUCAUGACCGCCAAGUACGGGGAUGAGUUUGCCUGGUCGGAGAUCGAGAACGUUUGGACGACAUUAGCUGACAGCUGGCCUAAGAACCUGAAGAUCAUCCUGCACUUCCUCACCAGCAUGUCGGGGGUUAGCAGCGACCCCAGCCUCCUGCCAUACGUGAAGCGCGUGGUGGUGUACCUGGGUCGGGAUAAGACCAUGCAGCUGCUGGAGGAGCUGAUGUUUGAGCUGGAGAGCACGGAGCCCGUCAGCUCAGCCGUCACUCACAUGGACAACCCGCCUUACUACCGCAUCACCUCCAGCUACAAGAUCCCCUCCGUCACCUCAGGGACGACCUCCAGCAGCAACACCAUGGUGCCCGGUACCGAAGGACAUCACGAGGGGAAGAUGAAAGACCCCAACAUGGAGGACAGUUACACCCACCUGGACAUCUACAGCGGGCUGAACAGUAACCUGAACCGGCAGCACCACCGGCUGGAGUCCCGAUACAGCAGCAGCUCCGGAGGCUCCUACGAGGAGGAGAAGAGUGACUCCAUGCCGCUGUAUGCUAACUGGCGUCUGAAGGUGAUGGACCACAACCGGCCCGAGCCGCUGCCCUUCCCCCCCACCGGAGGCUGCUGGUCUCCUCUGGUGGAUUACUUGCCGGAGACCAACGCCCCCGGGGUGCCACUGCACAGGUGCAACAUCGCAGUGAUCCUCCUGACAGACCUCAUUGUGGACCACGGGGUCAAAGUGGAGUGGAGCGCCUACCUGCACCUCCUGCUGCAUGCUAUCUUUAUAGGGUUUGAUCACCAGCACCCCGAGGUGUACGAGCACUGCAAGCGCCUGCUGCUCCACCUGCUGGUGGUGCAGGGAGCCAACAGCAGCGUUCAGUCUGUGGCCAUGGUGCUGCUGCGAAACAGGGACUACAACGAGCCCCGAGUCCUCACUGUGAAGCCCCCAGCCCCGGAGAUCAACCUCACAGGCGUGCAGGAGCUGCUGCCGGACGGUCAGCCCUCCCCGAUGACGGACUCCGGCCUCAGCUCCUCCUCCACCUCCUCCAGCAUCAGCCUCGGGGUGGGGGGGGGCGGCAUGUCCCACCUCACCCCCCCGCUGCUCAGUGAGGUGGACGCUUCCGUAGAACAAGACGAGAAAGUCAAAGCUCUCAUCGAGUUCAUCACCUCCAGGAAGCGUGGCCCGCUGUGGAACCACGAGGACGUUUCUCCAAAGAACCCGAACAUCAAGAGCGCCGAGCAGCUCAGUGUGUUCGCCCGACACGUAGUGACCGUCUUCAAACACUCGCCCUCAGGUUUCCAGCUGGACUCCCUACUGAGUGAAGUGUCUCUGCAGACCGCUCUCUCCUGCUCCUCCAGACAUUACGCCGGACGAUCCUUCCAGAUCUUCAGAGCUCUGAAGCAGCCGCUGACCCUCGGCACGCUGUCCGACAUCCUGUCCAGACUGGUGGAGACGGUGGGGGACCCUGGAGAGGAGGCGCAGGGCUUCGUCAUUGAACUCCUCCUGACUCUGGAGUCGGGCAUCGACACGUUAGCAGACACCGUGAAGAACUACGACCUCCUCACCGCCUUAGCUCAGACCUCUGCAGCGCGGGACCACCUGCUGGGUCCCAAGUUUGCCGCCAACAGGAAGAGCACGGGUCAGCUGAACCUGAGCAGCGGGGGUCUCUUCCUGCACGCUCGCAGUAACUCGCUCAGAGCCUCCCUGAUGGGGGAGAGGAAGGCGGACCGGCGACGCAGCAACACGCUGGACAUCGCUGACCGCCUCGCCGGCAGCCACGGGAACCUGGCCCGCACUCGCAGCUUAUCCUGCCUCGGGGGGGGCGGGGGUCCAGGAGGGGACGCCCUGCCCCCAGUGGAUCCCUCCAACCUGAUGGCCACGGUGUUCUGGAUCGCGGCCUCGCUGCUGGAGUCGGACUACGAGUUCGAGUACCUGCUGGCGCUGAAGUUGCUGAACACGCUGCUGGGCCCGCUGCCGCUGGAGAGAGCUGACAGCCGGCAGCGCCUGGAGAACGUGCAGAACAAGCUGAAGUGGUACAGCUUCCCCGGCCUGCUGCAGCUCUUUCUCAAGGGCUUCACCUCCGCCUCCACCCAGGAGCUCACCAUCCACCUGCUCAGCAAGCUCAUCAGCGUCUCCAGAAACACUCUGGUCGACCCGUCGCAGGUGGCAGGUUUCCCUCUGAACAUCCUGUGCCUGCUGCCUCACCUGAUCCAGCAUUUUGACAGCCCGACGCCGUUCUGUAAGGAGACGGCGGAUAAGAUAGCGAAGGUGUGUGCCGAGGAGAAGUCGCCCACCCUCUCUAACCUGGCCCACAUGAUGAGCCUGUACAGCACACACAGCUACUCCAGAGACUGCAGCAACUGGAUCAACGUGGUCUGCAGAUACCUGCACGACGCCUUCGCUGACAUCACGUUAAACCUGGUCACCUACCUGGCUGAGCUGCUGGAGAAGGGACUUCCCAGCAUGCAGCAGUCCUUGUUGCAGAUCAUCCACAGUCUGCUGAGUCACAUCGACCUGUCAGCGGCGCCCGUCAAACAGUUCAACCUGGAGAUCAUGAAGAUCAUCGGGAAAUACGUCCAGAGCCCGCACUGGAAGGAGGCUCAGAACAUCCUGAAGCUGGUGGUGUCGCGCUCGGCCAGCCUGGUGGUCCCGGACGACGUGCAGCGCUCCUACAGCUCAGAGUCCUGCGGCUCCCCGGAGAUCGCCUUCACCCGGAUCUUCAACAACGCCUCCAAGGAGCUGCCCGGGAAAACGCUCGACUUCCACUUCGACAUCUCCGAGACGCCCAUCAUCGGGCAUAAGUACGGAGACCAGCGCUCUGCGGCCGGGCGCAACGGGAAGCCUCAGGUGAUCGCCGUGACCCGCAGCACCUCCUCCACCUCCUCAGGGUCCAACUCCAACGGGCUGGUGCCGGUCAGCUGGAAGAGACCACAGCUGUCCCAGAGGAGGACCAGGGAGCGACUGAUGAACGUCUUGUCUCUAUGUGGCCCCGAGUCCGGCAUCCCCAAGAACCCCUCGGUGGUGUUCUCCUCCAGCGAGGACCUGGACUCGGCGGACCAGCAGACCAGUCUGAUCCCCACGGUGGAGGAGGUGGUGCGGGAGGAGGAGGUGAUGGGGGAGGACGGCGGCAGCGAGCAGCAGUUCGGGGUCUUUAAGGACUUCGACUUCCUGGAUGUGGAGCUGGAGGACGCCGAGGGGGAGAGCAUGGACAACUUUAACUGGGGGGUGCGGCGCCGCUCCCUGGAGAGCAUGGACAAAGGCGGGGGGGACACGCCGUCGCUGCAGGAGUGCCAGUUCACCGGCAGCACGCCCAGCCUCAACCUCACCAACCAUGAGGACACGGACGAGUCUUCAGAGGAGGAGGUACUGAGCGCUAGACACGUCCUCAUGAACAGUGACUCCGCCACGGACGACACCCAUGUGGAUUCCCUGCACCAGGACUCGCUGCAUCAGGACCCCCUGCAGCGGGACUCCCUGCAGCGCUCGCAGGAGUCAUGCAGCAGCGCCCUGACAGAGGAGGCCCCUCUGCCCCCCCUGCCCCCCCUGGACAGCCCCAUGCUGGAGAGGAUCCAUUCAGACACCAGCAGCCAGCUGCCUGAGGACGGGGUCAGUAUGACGUUGGGAGAGGACCUCAGCAGCAGUGUGAGUACAGACACAGGGUUCUGCUCCGUCCCCCCGCUGCCCUCUGACCCCUCGGAGCUGUGUGAGCUCCAGGACCCUCAGGAGGACCUGGACCCGGCCCCCCCUCCCCCACCGGCCAUAGACACCCCCCCGGGGUCGGUGUGUGAGGAGGACUCCCCUAUAGUGCUGCAGCUCCCCCCAGAGACGCAGCAGGAACCUGACCCUGAUCCAGACCCGGACCCCGACAGCAGCUACGGAUGGGAGGAGGACGUGACGCUGGCUCUGAAGGAGCUGGACGAGCGCUGUGAGGAGGAGGAGGGGGGCGACCUCUCCGACAUGUCCAGUCAGGAUGAAGGUGACGCAGAUAGCUUCCCGGAGACCCAGGCCUCCCCUCCUCCUUUGCCCUUCUUCUCCGCCAUCCUCGCUGCCUUCCAGCCCGUCGCCUACGAGAGCGAGGAGGAGGCGUGGCGUUGCCAUGUCAACCAGAUGCUGUCCGACACGGACGGCUCCUCGGCUGUUUACACCUUCCACGUGUUCUCCAGACUCUUCCAGAGCAUGCAGAGGAAGUUCAGCUCCAUCACCCACUCCUCAGUGAGGUUCCUGGGGGAGAGUCUGCAGCGGAUGGGGAAUCAGUUCCUGAGCUCUCUGGAGGUGAUGACGUCUCGAUCCCAGUGUCCCACGGUGCUGCUGGACGCAGAGACGCUGGUCUCUUGUGGCCUGUUGGAGACUCUGAAGUUUAGUGUGCUGGAGUUACAGGAACACCUGGACACCUACAACGCCAAGAGGGAGGCCGCCGAGCUGUGGCUGGAGAACUGCAGGAAAACCUUUGGAGACAAAGAGAGUGACCGGAGAGCGGACACUCACACUCAGCACAUGGAGAGUCUGGCAGAGCUGGAGUUGUGUCGCAGGCUCUACAAGCUUCACUUCCAGCUGCUGCUGCUCUUCCAGGCGUACUGCAAGCUGAUCAGCAGAGUGGACACCAUCAAGAGGGAGGCCGAGGUGACCAACAUGUCCGAGGAGCUCAGCCUCCUGGAGAGCUGCCUGAAGGAGGCGGAGACAGGAAGUGACUCUCAGGAGACAGGAAGUGACGCUCAGGAGGACGUUUGCAUGUCGGACGCCGCUCACACCAACACGGAGACGGCCAUCCAAUCCCUGAUCGAGAACCUGAGGGCCAGAGACUUCAGCGCUGCGCUGACACAGGUCAAACUGUUCAGGUCUCUGUGGCCGAACGAUAUCUUCGGCAGCGAAUCAGAGGACGCCGUUCAGACGCUGCUGCUCAUCUUCUUCCGGCACCAGACCCUGGGGCAGACCGGCUGCCUGGCGGUGGUCGGGCCCAGCAGAGACCUGAACCCGGCCUCCAGCCGCCUGAUGGAGCUCAACCUGCAGAUCAGAGAGGCCCUGAACCAGGCGCCCCCCCCCCCCCAGCACGCUCAGCACAGGACUGUGAGGCCGUGCGCCCCCCCCCCCCGUACAAAGGGCUACAGGAUGUGUGGUGUGAUCUCCUGUAUGAAUGCUAAGCUAACGCAGAUUCAGUUGCAAUAAGAGGAGGGGUCUCUCCUCCUGUGUUUCUGCUGAGCCCCCCCCCCCCCCCCCCCCCCGCUGCAGCAUGUUUCAGGACCACAUGCAGAAGCAGAAACCUUCUUUAUGAAACGUUUUCAACAGCAUGCUUGAAAGAGAGAAGCACUGCGAGAUAUUUUUUUGAGAAAUGUAUUUUUUAUUAGAGCUAAUCCUAGGUUGUAAAUGUGAGGGUGUCUGACCUGCGGCUCCUCAGGGGGUGUGAAGAGAAUCUGUUUAUCGACCUGCGUCUGCACGCACUCUCUAACCAAAUAGUAGCUGCCUUUAGACACCGCUCCGGCUCGUUAUGGAUAACUUAUUUUACUCUGUAUAUAUUUUAGAGAUGUAUAGUAAACAGUAUUUUGUGUAACGCACUGUUCCUCCGCAGAGGAAGUCUGUACAGAGCUCAUGUGAUGAGACGCCGCCUUCCUCCAAUCACAACCUUCCUCUGUGAUGUAGCUCCGCCUCCUGCUGCACCCCAGCCAAUCAGAAGCAUUCCCCGUCUCCACUGUGAGCUGUGAUUGGCUGCAGGACUCUUCCUGUCCCGGCACAUCGUGACAUCACUGUACUCAUUCCUCAGAGAGCUUUCCUGCUUGUCUGGUACAUUUGAAUGCUGUUCUUAAUUAUUUAAUGAAUAUAUUAUUUACCUGGAAGAUGUUUUAAUGUAGAGCUGCAUUAUACAUUUCUGUUCUCACAUACCAGCCUUCUCUCUGGAUAAUAAAACCCUAAUCAUA